AUGCAGCUCGUCUCGCACUGUGAUCCUGUCGCUGCGGCCGAUUUCUUUGAGUUUUCGUUCAAAUGCCUGUUUCGAGAUCUUUUCAGCUGGGAUUUUGAUCAUGGUCGCUCCUGUGAGGCGGGUGGUAUUCUUGGACACAUACGUGCAUUCUAUGGGACGUUGGAGUUUACUGAACGUGGUGCUCUUCAUGGCCAUUUUUUGAUCUGGCUUGAAGGGGGUGUUAACCCAUCUGAAUUUCAUGAACACCUUCGCGAUGAUGUGGCGUAUCAGACUAAAUUUUUCGCUUUCUUUGAGGAAGUCAUUCACCACCAUUUGCCUGAAGUUGAAGACCAAAUUGACCCUAAAUUUGAACCUCGUGUACAGCGCCCUCCCAAACCGCCCCUCCCUGACGCGCCCUCGGAACAUUUAUCCGCAUGGGAAGGUCUUCUGACAACUGAGAUAAAACAUUGUGGGGAAGCCCUCCAGCGACAUACAUGUAGGGCUGUGUGCCACAAAUAUGGAAACGAUGUGCGCUGUCGGUUUCUCUUUCCUCAUGAAAUCGUCGAGGCCUCUUCGUUUGAUUCUGAUUCAAAUCCAGUGGUGCUCAUGUGCCAUGAUCCGACAGUUAAUUAUUUCAAUCCAUAUCUGUUAGUUUUUUGCAGGCACAACCACGACAUGAAGUGUAUCUUAUCAGGCAAGGGUGCGAAGGCAGCCAUGUUCUAUAUUUCAGACUACAUCACUAAGAUGGAUCUCAAGACCUAUGAGAUGCUAUCUCUGCUGUCCCGUGCAGUUGCACGAAUGCCUGAUUCCAACACUGGGACUCCAGUCGCUGAAAGCGCAAAGAUGCUUCUGCACAAAUGUCUAAGUCAGUUCAACCGACAACAACAGAUACAUGCACAGCAAGCAGCAUGGUACCUGCAAGGUUUUGGAGAUGGCAUCGCUUCGCAU